AUGCUUCCUUUUCGCAGACUCCGUCUGCUGGUGUGCUUUUUCAGCGUCCCGGUCUGGGCAGCCCGUGUGGAGGUGACUGCGGCAGCUAAGGGAGUCGAGCCUGCCUGGGACGAAGGGCUCGGCUGCUAUUGCAAGAAAGUCAAAUCUGACUCGGACUGCACUGACAGGGCAGGUUCGGACGAAAAACCGGAUCGUCUCCGCUGGUUCCACGAUGCCAGCGAUGGACAGGAUCCCUUGUGCUGCAAGCUCGCUUGGACAUCGAUGCUUUCCUGGGUCGGCAUGGGCUAUGGCCGGCAGCCCACUCCCGGUCUGUGCCAGGAAGAAACCCGACCUGUGCCAAGUGAAGCAUGUUGCCGUCUACCCGACUCGGGUGACCGUGGCUUGUAUGUAUCGAAGGUGACCAUGGUCCUUAGAGUGAAUGUUACCUCGGCCACGAAGCGGACAUUCCGAAAGUCAACACCCGAGUUUCAGAUUGCAGACAUCCAUGCGGGCAGAGACUAUGAUGGCUCCCGUGUGGACGGCCUCUCCGACGUUCACACUUUCGCGUUGAAGUGGUUUGGCAAAGUCAAGGCUAAAUGUUCGGGGCCAUGGGAUCGGCUGGUGCAAGACACUGCGAGAUCGUGCUUGCUCCGGCACACCUCGGAGCAGGACUGCUGCUGCGAGGAGGCGGCAGUCAAGGAAGAAGAGCGCUGCCUGCCGACGGGCGUCACGGGCUUGUCAGCAGAGCCUUGUGUCCUUCGGGGCAACUAUACAAUCUACAACACACAGAUAAGGCUUUAUGGACCGGUUUGGCCACAGGGGGAAAUCACUUUUUCCUCCGUCAGUCCAGAAGCGAAGGAGGAUAUACUGCCGAGCUCAUUGUCCUCUCAAGGGUUCACUUGGAACAAAGGGACUCAAUGGCAGUGGAAGUGUGAUCAAAAAGAGCAAGUACCGAAAAUUGGUUAUCGUGUCAUGGAGACCAAAUGGCGCGAUAAAGACACAGUUCCUUUUCAGAAACUCGAGACCGAGUGCCUCGUGUACAGUUUCAUUCGGCACUGCCCCGCAGAUCAGGGCUUGUAUGUCAAGCAGCCAAACCAGGGAGAGUGCUUCCAGGAGCCAGGGUUGGCUGGCGAAAAGAGUAGAGAAUUGACCCGCUUUGCUGGCUUGUCCUUCAAGUGCCCGGAAGGCUACCGCAGCGGCACGGAAUUCAACACGAACUACUCCCCUAGGUGCAAUUGCAGCACUAAGUGCGCAUAG